AAUGAAAUUUUUCGUGUUUCUUUUUAUUGUUUCAACGUGGACUUUGUUGGGAAAGGGAAGCAACAUUGAUCCAAAAUUCGCUCCACGUAUCAUUGGAGGAUCAGGUGCAAGGGCUGGUCAAUUUCCCUUUGCAGCGGCCAUUUACACUGACACAGAUGUCGGCAGAUAUUUCUGUGGGGGUGCUCUUAUCAGUAAUCAGUGGAUUUUAACUGCAGGUCAUUGUGUCAAUGGGGCGGUUCGCUUCACGAUUCAAGUGGGAUCAAACACCCUGAAAUCUGCUGAUGUGAACAGACUUACCCUCACUGCGAACACAUCGGUUUUGCAUCCGGAUUUUGAAGAAUUGACUUUGAAAAAUAACGUCGGAUUAAUCCAACUCGAGGAGCCGGUUCUAUUUAGCGACUACAUUUCCUCAAUUUUUCUACCAUCAACUGACCUUCAACACGAUGCUAAUGUCACGUCAAUUGGUUGGGGCCAAACCGACGAUUAUCAUCCUGGACCUGUCGAUCACCUCAACUACGUCCAUGUCAUUACUUUAACUGACAAUGAAUGCAAAGCGACUUAUGGGAAUCAAAUUGCUGAAAAUAUGUUUUGUGUUGGAGGAGAAUAUAACGAAGGAACGUGUUUGGGUGAUCUUGGAACACCAUUGGUGCGAUAUGUUUUGAAUGAUCGACACGCUGAGCAUGUCGGUAUCUCAAGUUUCUUCAGUGAUAAUGGGUGCGAAGCUAUUGACCCAUCGGGGUAUACCAAGACUUUUGGAUACCUGGCGUGGAUCAAAAAUGUGACCGGUAUUCCAUAAAUACCCCAAAAAUUUUCACCAAAAUAGUUUUUCACCUGAAAUAAACACUAGAAGUGCUUUUUUUAAAAAUAAAAGACUCUUCUCGGGAAAAAUUAA